CAACCCAGUUUUAACGAGCUAUGAAGGUAGUAUUUCUCCUCAGAUGGUAUCUCGUAUAAAUCAUUUCAUAAAUCAAAUACAUUCUCAGGAAAAUGUUACCAAGUUCGUCUGUACGCAGCAGCUAAAAUAAUCCAUUGGUGUGUGUUAGCACUGCCAUCUGGUGGUCACUCCUCCACGUGCCUGCAAUUAGUCACUGCACUAAUAAAAUUACAUGUUUUUCUGAGGGGUUUUCUCACUUUCAGUAUUUUUUAUUAAAUCAGUGUGUUAUAAUAUUUACUUGACUUGCUGAAAUUUGUUUAAGCGAUGUUUUUUUAUUAACCUAAUCCUCUAUUUCACUGAGCAAAUGUCUUGUACCACAACUCAUUUCUUUGCAGCUUUGCUCCUAAUAAGUCAGACUUGGGCUUAAGGUCUUGACAGCAGCUGUUUUCUUUUUUUUGUUCAUUUUAAUUUAGUACCUGAAUUAAAGUGAACAAUGGCGCCAUGCUGUCCAAUUUGUGCUACAAAAAAGUUGAUGAAAGAAUAAGUAAUUGUUAAAAUAAAUUUAGCAGCAAAGAUAAUAUAACAGAGAUGCAAUAUGCAUCAUAUGUAGGAGACUAGCUGGACAAUGGACUGUAUUAGGUCAAAUUUGCCUGUUCUGGGUUGAACCCUGUUUUGCAGACAGAGCUGCUUUAAUUCUUCAUGAUGUAGUUUGGUAAGGUGUUGGAAACAUACCUCAUACAUUUGGAUCCAUGUUGAUUAAAAAGUUAUGCAAUUGCUGCAGAUUUUGGUGUGCAUGCAGGAUGUUAACUAAGUCCCCAUCUUUCCCCAUUGUUAUCAUUUCAGCAAGUCGUCUUUGCUACUUCAACAGAUGAACCUAAUAAAGUGACUGCAGGCUGGUAACCUGUUAUUGACACAACCCGAGUUGAUAAAUGUCACAGUGACAAAUGAGAGAGGGAGGAGUGGAUUUAUAUGCAACUGAUUUAUAUGUAACAGUUAAAAGAAAAUUAGGAAUAUUCCUCCAAACCUAUUGUCUGGAAAUAAAUACAGUUGAAACAAGAAAUUUAUACUCAUCGAAUAAAAAGACAUACACAUUUUUUUCCCUCACUUUCUUCAAAUUCGGAAAUUUACAUACAUUUGGUCUGUUAUGUAAACUUCUUCACCCACAAACUUCUUCCAAGUUUGUGGACGAGGGGGAGGGGGAUGAAGACAGGGAGGAGAGAUUUCCCCCCUUCACACCUUCUGGGCUGCAGAGUGGAGCUAAGAGCAGCGAAGACUCAGGCAGGAAAGAUGAAGAGGGAACUGGUGGUGUUUCUGCUUUGCCUGGUCCUGCUGGCCACUGAAACAGCUGCCAAUCCUGUCAUCGGGGAGAAGUUUGCCAAGCAGCUUCUUCGCAGCAAGAGACAGGACAGGCCUGUGAAGGCCGGCCACCCCGAUGAACCAAUGAGGGUAAGGAGCAUCUGCUCCGCAUGCAGGCGCUUGACCAGAGGGCCCAGGAGACCAACAUGGAGUACUGGCUGAACCCCCACUGCCCCCCGCGCU